GACAGGCCGUUGAAAACGUGCAACGGCUGCUUUCGUUACUCCUUCACGUUACCGCCAUCACCCCGCGACAACCUACCGUCGUCAUCGUCGUUCUCCAUUUUAAGCGACUACCAUCAUCUGAGAGUCACCAACCAGAGAGAGAGAGAGAGAGAGAGAGAGAUGGCGUCGUCCAAAGAGCAGCUUGCCCGGAGAACCCAAAUUCUCAGCGGUCACCUCCUUGCCGAAAAAUCAAGUACCCAGAUGCGGGCCUUGCCGUGCCUGUCAUUCUCCCCGCCUGAGGCGUCGGAGAGGUUCGAUUUCAACGUCCACGACUUGAGGCGGUUGCUGGACGGCCACAACCUCGAGGAUCGCGACUACCUCUUCGAACUCAUGAAGGGCAGCGAGCUCUUCAAUCCCAGGAGGUUGGGGUCGCGGCUUUUCGUCUCCCCCGACUACAACCAUUCGAUGGAGGAGCAGAGGGAGGAGACCAUGAGGAGGGUCGCCUUCCUGUCAGAACGCGGAGUCUUCGAUGGGUGGCUCACCGGUUCCGGCCCCGAGAGCGCGCUGAAGUCGAUGGCUCAGCAGGAGUGCAUAGCGAUUUUCGAUCAUUCACUCGCGAUCAAGCUCGGGGUUCAUUUUUUCCUCUGGGGUAAUGCAAUAAAGUAUCUGGGAACCAGACGUCAUCACGAGAAGUGGUUAAAAGACACUGAAAACUAUAGAGUGAAGGGUUGUUUUGCAAUGACUGAGCUGGGCCAUGGAAGCAAUGUACGGGGAAUCGAAACUGUCACCAUCUAUGACCCAAAUACAGGUGAAUUUAUUAUAAACACACCCUGUGAAUCAGCUCAGAAAUAUUGGAUUGGAGGGGCUGCUAAUCAUGCAACACAUGCAAUAGUUUUUUCACAACUUUAUAUAAAUGGGAGUAACCAAGGUGUCCAUGCAUUCGUCGCACAAAUAAGAGAUUCAGAGGGAAAUGUGUGCCCCAAUGUUCGUAUUGCUGACUGUGGUCAUAAGAUUGGCCUGAAUGGAGUAGAUAAUGGUCGAAUAUGGUUUGACAAUGUUCGUGUACCUCGUGAGAACUUACUAAAUUCUGUUGCUGACGUAUCUCCAGAUGGACAUUAUCAAAGUGCAAUAAGUGAUCCAGAUCAGAGGUUUGCAGCAUUCUUGGCCCCACUAACCUCUGGCCGUGUAAAUAUUUCUGCCAGUGCAAUUUACCAGUCAAAGAUUGCACUGGCAAUUGCAGUAAGAUAUUCACUGACUAGACGAGCCUUUUCUGUUUCUUCAACUGGGCCUGAAACCUUGUUGCUUGAUUACCCAUCUCACCAGCGCCGCCUCCUGCCACUCCUAGCAAAAACAUAUGCUAUGAGUUGUUCAGCAAAUGAUUUGAAGAGAAUUUAUGUGAAUAGAACGUCUCAGGACACAAAGGCAGUUCAUGUUUAUUCUAGUGCAUUUAAGGCCAUAUUCACUUGGCAUAACAUGCGAACCCUUCAGGAAUGCCGUGAAGCCUGUGGUGGACAAGGAUUGAAGACAGAAAACCGCAUUGGCCAUUUGAUAGGGGAACAUGAUGUUCAGUCCACAUUUGAGGGGGAUAACAAGGUGCUUUUGCAACAGGUGAGCAAGGCACUUUUGGCUGAGUAUGCAACGAGUCGGAAAAAGAACCAGCCAAUCAAGGUUCUCGGUCUGGAGCACAUGAAUAGUCCCCGACCUGUAAUCCCAGAGAUUCUUACCUCAGCAAUUCUGAGAAGCAGCCAGUUUCAGACCCAAAUGUUUUGCCUGAGGGAGCGUGAUCUAUUGAACCAAUUUGCUCUGGAAAUAUCUGAGCAUGUAGCGCAAGGGAAAAGCAAGGAGCAUGCUUUCAUCCUGAGCUACCAACUUUCAGAAGAUUUAGCAUGUGCAUUCUCCGAAAGGGCUAUAUUUCAGUCAUUUUUGAAGGCAGAGCUGGAAUCAUCUAUGGGCCCUAUAAAGAAUGUUCUGGGGUUGCUGCGGACAAUGUAUGCAUUAGUCAGCAUGGAAGAGGGCUCGUCAUUCCUUCGCUAUGGCUUCCUGUCAGUGACCAAUGCAGCUGCUGUCCGGAGAGAAGUGGCCAAACUCUGCAGUGAUCUCCGGCCUCAUGCACUUUCCUUAGUCAGUUCGUUUGGAAUUCCUGAUGCUUAUCUCAGUCCAUUGGCCUUUGACUGGAUUGAAGCUAAUUCUUGGUCUUCUGUUCUCUCAGCCAGCAAAAUAUAGUGAGCAGUGACGGCGUUCCCUUUUCAGUUAAAUAAUACCCAUGUCGAUCAAACAUAAUAAUGGUCUUCCUGUUUCUUCAGUCUCAAUAAUGCUGUAAAAUCUUGUUACUUAGAUUAUAUUCAUGUACAUGAAAUUCAUUUUAUAUCCC